CGAGCGUCGUUUACUUUUCUGGUUGGUGUGCUGAAUAUAUGAUAAAUAUUUUCCAAAUAAGUGUUAAAGCCAAAAAAAAAAAAAACAUUGAAUAGGUGAUUUAUUUUAGUGUUUGAAAUCAAAAAGGUUUGCAAUAUUUAAAAAGAACCCUCUAACAAACCACUUCCGUAUUAGCUGAAGUGAUAUGAACUCAAUUUUCCUGUUUGAGGAGUGUCCGGUCAUUAUUUGUCUUUGUGUCAGUUCAAAGCUAAGGGUUUAGAGGUAAACAUUACCGUGACACAGCAAACUUUAUUAGACUUCGGUAUGGCAUCGGAGGACGGAUUGGAGAUGCCCCCAGCUGAAGCGGCGGAUCAGAGGGAUGGUGGGUCAGUCACAGAGCAGGUGGGGGUCCCCUCUGACUCUGUCCCCAAUUCCUCAGCAGAGUCAGCAGGACAGAAUCCGAGUGGAGUCGAUGUGUGUCGCUUUUUCCUGAUGGGAAAGUGUCACUUUGGACACAGAUGUCGUAUGUCUCACAGUGUCCCCUCAAUAGAUGAUUCAGGGGCUGCAGCUCCUGACCAGGAUGACAAACCAGAUCAAGAAAAAGCAGAAAAACACAAGCAGAGAGUGAACAAACCAAAAAAGGCCACAUAUGAGGCAAAAGAAGUGAACAAAAAGCCUCGUAUGCGUACAGCAGAUGACGUUAUUUCCCGGAUCCUUUGGGACCCCACAGCAGAUGCAUCAGAGUUUGUGGUUGGGUAUGUGGAUCGCUUCCUGGGUGUGCUGGAGCGUCCCUUCUGUGACUUCAACUGGGACACCAAUCCCUGUGACUGUGAUUACACUACUGAUCUGGCCCUCCCCAGACACAGGAUCCAGUACUUCACCUACAGAGGGUACCGUGUGUGGGAUCGCCACACACGGACUGACAGGGUGUUUGGAUCCACCGGUCAAUCUCUGGCUCCCCCCUUUGGAGGGGACGAGGAAGUAAAGGAAAUUAACACAGAAAACCAGGAAGAACAACAAGAGCUCCUCAAAACAACAGAAGAGCAGCCACCUGCUGCCUGUGGGCAGGAAGAGAGUGAAACAGACGAGUGUAUUCAUACCGAGGACACACAUCUGGAAGAGGAGAAGCAGAGGGAGAUGAAUAUUUACACCGCUGACUCAACAGCAGCAGCAUCUCCUCAGUGUCGAAAAGACACUUCUCAAGAACAACAGGAAACACAAGGAGCAUGUGUUACGGAGGAGGCUGAUAAAAGACCUGAGACUUCCACAGACGAAAGUUCCUCAUCCCUGGAAGAAGGAGAAAGUGUAAAAGAGGAGGCAAAGGAGGAGGCUUCGGCAGAAUGGCCAGAGAGCUGGGAAGGAAAGGACGAUACCUCGAGUCAUCUUGAAGCUCUCAACAUCAACCAGAAUCCAUCAGCACCUCUGGAGCAGAGGGAGGACAAGCGUGGUGGUCGCCCCCCUAAAAAACAACCCACACACUUCAUCACCUUCAGAGCCAACACUCCCGCUGUCCUCUCCGGUUUCCAGCAGCUGCAGGAGGAGCUGACCUCCCUCCUCCCCUCCUCUGCUUCUCACUGGCAGAUCGCCUCCAGCCUCCAUGUCACCCUGUGCCUGCUGGUGCUGCCCGGCCCUGCUGAGGUGGCCGCUGCCGGGGAAAUCCUCCGACAGUUUGCUCAUCUGGAUCGUAACCCUCCCGUUGCUCUGACCUUUCCCGUGAAGCUGAAACACUUCAACGGGAGGGUGCUGUACCUGAGCCCCCAGCCUCAGCUCCUCCUCCAGCAGCUUAACAGCGGCAUGCAGGAGGCCUACAAGAAGGAGGGCCUGCUCCACAGGGACUCCUUCAACCCACGCUACCACCUCACGCUGGCCAAGUUAGACAGUAAGGAAGGGGAGAGGAUUUUUGAAAGGGUGGGGGACCUGAAAGUGGGGAAGGGGUUAAACUUUGGUCGUCUGCCAAUAAACACCUUACACCUGUGUGCCAUGGGUGGCCCCAAAGUAGACGGUUUUUAUGAGACAGUGUGCACAGUAACUCUUAGAUGAUAGAGGAGUUGACUUUAUUUACGUGCACACACUACCUCCAUGUACAGUAAUACUGUAUGGAUGGGUGCAACACCUCUGACAAUUGCACUGGUCAUGUGGCCUUAUACAACCAAAUCUGGUGUCUGUGUUUUAAGUUUUAAAUUUGAUAGAAAAA